AUGUCCAAGCGGAAGAGGUCGGCCCAAGCAGCGGCCGAGGACUCUCAUGAUCCGCAGCACAAUGCUUUCCUCCCCCAAAAAAGACAUUAUAGACAGCGUGCGCAUGCCAACCCCUUCUCCGACCAUGCCCUUAGCUACCCCUCAUCGCCGCGGGCCUGCAAUUGGGACGCACUCUAUCCGGCCUUUGCUGGCUCUAGCAAGACUCCCGAAUUUGCCGAUGUCGGCUGUGGCUUUGGCGGCCUACUGAUUGCCCUUGCUCCUCUCUUUCCGGAUACUCUGAUACUCGGUUUGGAAAUCCGUGUCCAGGUCUCUCAGUAUGUCCACGAUCGCAUUGCGGCUUUGCGUGCGACAUCGACGCCGUCCGCCGCAACUGCGCAGGCUUCCCCAGGCCCGUAUCAAAACAUAUCCAUUGUUCGUGCAAACUCCAUGAAGUUUAUGCCGAACUACUUCCGAAAGCACUCUCUAUCUGCACUCUUCUUCCUCUUCCCCGACCCACACUUCAAGUCGCGCAAACACAAAGCCCGCAUAAUCUCCCCCACUCUCCUUGCAGAGUACGCGUACGUCCUCCGACCCGGCGGAAUUGUGUAUACAAUCACCGACGUUCACGAUCUGCACGAAUGGAUGAAGGCGCAUUUGAACGCCUUUCCUCUCUUCGAGCCCAUCAGUGAGGAGACCCUGCGAGCGGAAGGUAAGGGUGCCAUUCUUGACGCUGUAUACACCAGCACAGAGGAAGGGAAGAAGGUCGAGAGGAGUCAGGGAGAGAAAUGGUUAGCAUGUUUCAAGAGGGUCGAGAUCAUGCGCGAGUGA